AUGCCAGCGGCGUCAACUACGGGACUCGCCAUUGCCCCGCCGGGAGUACUACGCGGCCGCCAGCCCGGCGUGUACACGCCCUGGGAUUCCGCCAAGGCGCAGGCCAACGGCUACUCCCACAAGUUGUGGCACAACCAGCACCAGCGCUUCGACACGCACGCCGAGGCCAACGCGUACAUGGCGGGCUACAACGGCGGCACCGGCAAGGCCGGCAAUCCCCCUGUGCGCGAGUAA